AUGCCACUUCCACUCGGCCAAGGCUUGUAUGUUCCUGUCCUCGGGGUUUUGAGGGAAAUCCCUAUCUUGGCUACGAUUGUCACGAUUGUGCAACUAGAAAUCCGUGAUUUGAGCAGAAUGAGGAGUUUCCACUUACAUGGGAAGUUCGCUUACGAAUUGCCAAGGAAAUUGCAGGAGCUCUUUCCUAUUUACAUGCUUCAGCUGCCUUUCCCAUUUAUCACAGAGAUAUAA